CGCUCCCUCUUUCUCCUUCCGCGGAUCCCCGAGAACAAGUUUCUCGGCGCCUGGGCGCACGAGCGAGGCCGCGGAGAUGGAGAGGCGGGCGAGCGGGGAAGCCCACGGCCGGUGAAACCCGAGCCCCCUCCUUCGCACCCAGGGAGAGCGGCCUGACAUCGUUUGGAGGCCGGCGCCAAGGAAAGGGAGGGGAGGCGCCGAAGAGAAGGUUCUGAAACGCCACCCACUCGCGCCCGUGGGCUGCGCUUCCCUCCCCUCCCCUCUCCCCUCCUCUCAGUGAUGGAUUGGUUCUUGACAGCUGGUGGGAAUCUUGAUUUUCUCCCCCUUCCGCCUCCCCGAAGAAGCAUCUCACGCCGCCGCCGCCAUCCCCACCUUCAGCUGCGAAUCUCUCCUUCGCCUUCCCAGUGAGAGAAUUGCAGGGGAGUUGUGGGAGGCAAGGCGAAGGAGGGCUGUCAUCAAAUGCAGAGUUUGCCUUGCCAGGAGGCGAAGAGCACCGCGGCCGCGUUCUCCUUUCGCCGGCUGAAAUCAAACAUCCGAUUGCGCACUGGGUUGUGAUUGGAAAUCUAAUCAGAUCCUUGAAGCCACACAAGGGGGGAGCGCAAAGGAACCCUGGGGGGGGGGGAGAGGGGGAAGGUUAAGGAAAGAGUAUCCUAAAGUUGGAGGUUGAAAGGGGGGAUUUAUUGUGGAAAGCGACGCUCUUUCGGCUGGAAGGAGGAGGGGGAGCUCCCCCCUCCCAAAAGAAGAGAGAGGCGGCGAUGGGAACCCCCGAUGUAACGUGGCAGCAGCACAUGGGCCGGAGAAAUGAUGGUGCAGCGAAGCAGAGGCGACCCGGAGUGCUUCGCCUGAGCAGAGCCGGAUCUUAGCACGAGGCAAAUCGCUUUGAAACGGGAAGAAACCGCGGCCGGAUUAUGGAAACGGAAUCCUAAAGCCAAGGGGAGGAUUGAAAGGCGAGGGAAUCGGGCGCUUGAAUGAAAACUUUCUCGGCGGGGGAAGACUGACUUCCCUUGGCACCUGCCCUCCUGACCAUCGAUUGCUUCUUUCUUUCUCCUCAGCGGGGAAAUCGACCUCUCCUCUCCAAGAAGUUGAUCCGCGCCAGGACUUUGGAAGGCAGUCUCGUCCUUCUUUUUCAGUGGAAGGAGGGUCGGGUGAGAGAAGGCGAAGGGGGAGAGAGGCGAAGUGCCGCGGAAAUUGGGAAGGGGGAUUUGUCGUGGAGUCGAGUGGAGCCCCUCUGGACUGAACUAGAUGGGAAAUCGCAGAUGGAUAUUGCACCUCCUGGCAUUUUUUCCUCCGGUCAAAUUGGAUUUGUCCCUGAAAUGAUGUAGUUUGGCCCUCCGCGCUCUUUUCCGUUUUUCCCCCCUCCUUCGGUUUCCCCCCUUUUUUCUUCCCUUCCUCCCUCCCCUGUCCCUAGCUUUACGCCUCCCUCCUCCUUCCUUUGGGAUUUCGUGCUGGAUAUUUUUUUCUCCUCCUUCUUCGGGGCGAUUUUCGACCACCAUUGAGACUAUGAAGAAAGAUUGGCAGUUUGAAAGAAGUGGGUUGGCUUCUAUCUUGCUGGUCCCAAGAAAAAAGACCUCUAUGCGUGUGACUCAAGGAGAUAAGAGUUCCCAUUAAAGUGCUCACUUUUUUGGCCAGGAACUGAGAAGGAAAGAAGAUGGACUAGAAAUUCUGACUAUUAGACUCCUGAAGGACCAACACCAAAUAAAUUAUGAAUGUUGAACAAGAUGACCUUACAUCCACAGCAGAUAAUGAUAGGUCCUAGGUUUAACAGGGCCCUAUUUGACCCCUUGCUUGUGGUGCUAUUAGCUCUUCAACUUCUUGUGGUUGCUGGUUUGGUCAGAGCUCAGACCUGUCCUUCUGUCUGUUCCUGUAGCAAUCAGUUUAGCAAAGUAAUUUGUGUAAGGAAGAAUCUGAGAGAGGUCCCUGACGCCAUCUCAACCAACACCCGGUUAUUGAAUCUCCAUGAGAACCAGAUCCAAAUAAUUAAGGUGAAUAGCUUCAAACACCUGAGGCAUUUAGAAGUAUUGCAACUGAGCAGGAAUCACAUUAGAACAAUUGAAAUAGGGGCCUUCAAUGGUCUGGCUAAUCUUAAUACUUUGGAACUCUUUGACAAUCGUCUUAGCACCAUCCCAAAUGGGGCUUUUGUGUAUUUGUCAAAACUGAAGGAGCUUUGGCUGCGAAACAACCCCAUUGAGAGCAUUCCUUCUUAUGCUUUUAAUAGAAUCCCCUCCCUGCGAAGGUUGGAUUUGGGGGAAUUAAAAAGGCUUUCAUAUAUCUCAGAAGGUGCCUUUGAAGGUCUGUCCAAUUUAAGGUAUUUGAACCUUGCUAUGUGUAACCUUCGGGAGAUUCCUAACCUCACACCACUCAUAAAACUGGAUGAACUAGAUCUUUCUGGGAAUCACUUAAAUUCUAUCAAGCCAGGAUCCUUUCAAGGCUUAAUGCACCUUCAAAAAUUGUGGCUCAUCCAAUCCCAGAUUCAAGUGAUUGAAAGGAAUGCCUUUGAUAACCUUCAGUCACUAGUAGAGAUCAACUUGGCCCACAACAAUCUAACACUACUGCCUCAUGACCUCUUCACACCUCUCCGUCUUGAAAGAAUCCACCUACAUCAUAACCCUUGGAACUGUAAUUGUGACAUCCUGUGGCUCAGCUGGUGGAUUAAGGACAAAGCGCCCUCAAACACUGCAUGCUGUGCCCGUUGCAAUACACCUCCAAGCCUGAAAGGAAGGUAUAUUGGUGAGCUGGACCUGAAUUACUUCACAUGCUACGCUCCUGUGAUUGUGGAGCCACCUACAGACCUCAACGUCACUGAAGGCAUGGCUGCGGAGCUGAAAUGUCGAGCAUCAACAUCCCUGACCUCUAUAUCUUGGAUUACUCCAAAUGGGUCUGUUAUAACACAUGGGGCUUAUAGGGUUCGGAUUUCUGUGCUCAGUGAUGGCACAUUAAAUUUUACAAGGGUGACCGCUCAAGACACGGGCUUGUAUACAUGCUUGGUGAGUAACUCUGUUGGGAAUACCACAGCUUCUGCAACACUCAAUGUAACUGCACAGGAGUGUAUUACUUAUUUUUCAACUAUCACAGUAGAAACUGUGGAACCUUCUCAGGAUGAGGCACGGACCACAGAGCAGGUUUGGCCCACACCAGUCACUGAAUGGGACACCACCAAUGCAACAACCUCUCUCACUCCACAGAGCACAAGGUCAACGGAAAAAACAUUUACUCUCCCUGUGACAGAUCCAAGCAAUGGAAUCCCAGGCAUAGAUGAGGUUAUGAAGACUACCAAAAUCAUUAUUGGUUGUUUUGUGGCAAUCACUCUUAUGGCUGCUGUGAUGUUGGUCAUUUUCUACAAAAUGCGGAAACAACAUCAUCGGCAAAACCACCAUGCUCCAACGCGAACUGUAGAGAUCAUUAAUGUGGAUGAUGAGCUUACAGGUGACACACCCAUAGAAAGUCAUUUGCCCAUGCCAGCAAUAGAGCAUGAGCACCUAAAUCACUAUAACUCUUAUAAGUCUCCUUUCAACCACACAACAACAGUUAACACAAUAAAUUCAAUACACAGUUCAGUGCAUGAACCAUUAUUGAUCCGAAUGAACUCAAAAGACAAUGUGCAAGAGACUCAGAUCUAAAACAUUUACAAAUUUAAGGGGGAAUUUAAAACAAAAGACAGUUUAUUAAAAAAUGACACAAAUGACUGGGCUAAAUCUACUGUUUCAAAAAAGUGUCUUUACAAAAAAGAAAUUUAUUUAUUAAAAAUUCUAUUGUGAGCGAAA